AUGGCUGAUAUAUUUGCGUGGCUCUUCUCCUUCUUCACCCUUAUUGCCCUAAUUGUUAUUAUUAUUUACCAGUUAAUGUGCCUGGCAGACCUUGAAUUCGAUUAUAUAAAUCCUUAUGAUUCCGCAUCUCGAAUAAACAGAAUGGUUUUUCCUGAGUAUAUUAUAUUAGCUGUCCUGUUCUGCUUCUACAUUGUAACAGGGCACUGGGUAAUGGCACUGUUCUGCAUUCCUUACAUCUACUACAAUGUGCAAUUGUUCAGACAAAGAAAGCAUUUGAUCGAUGUUACAGAGAUAUUCAACAUGCUCCCUCGGGAAAAGAAGCAACGGCUUUUCAAACUCUUCUAUCUCAUUUUCAUCCUAUUCCUCUCCUUAUUUUGGUUGAUCUACACAUCAUUGGACGACCAUGAUGAUUAG